AUGACCCUUCUCGCGGCUCAACUUGAACACCACUCGCCCAUCCCUCAGCAUGAAUCCGCCGCCCUCCGCUCGUUCUACGACUCUGCCUGGGGCCGACAAUGGACGCCCCUAAACAACAUACGAGUCAUAGCGACACCUCCCGGCUCUCUUCCAGGACACAUCGACGACGAUGCACCCGUCAUCAAUAUCGCGACCUCCACACUCGAACUCGAACCCGGCACCCCGCUUGACCAGACCUACACCUGCUACGGCUCCCUUCACACGCUAUUUCUCGCCCUCGGAUUAGCAGAAGAUCACUUCGGCGAAGAAGGCGUGCUGGUGGUGCGGCCCGAGUACGAGCUGCUGAGAGAGCGGUUGAUGAGUGGGGAUUUGGAAAGGUUUGAAAGGGUGGUAGUCACGGGGCAUCCGGGCAUCGGUAAAACGAUGUGCAUGCUCUACAUUCUCCUAUACCGCCUUCAUCGCAAACUGCCCACUGCAAUCGAAGUCCGCUCCGGCGAGUUCACGAUUUUCGACGGUCAAGGCUGCACUACAUACACCAACCAAAUAUCUGCAUCAUCCGCUGCACACGAACGGUUGAAAGCGUGCUGGGCUCUGAGCGACAGCAACGCGCACGUAACUAUACCGAGCAUCUCAUUCGUCAGUCGUGCUGCUCGUGUGGUGCAGUUCACAUCUCCGGAGGAGAAGAGGUGGAAGGGGUGGAGUAAGGAGUGGGGAGCUGUGCUUGUUAUUAUGGAUCUGCCGACGAUGUUGGACAUCGCGGCCGUAGCACACGCGUACUCGCAUUCCCCCACCGAAGCCCUCACCCUCGCCUCAGAAUUCGGCCCAUCCCUCCGUACACUCCAAUCGCUGCUCGACGGCCAUCUAUACCUCGCCUCACUCCGCUCUCAAAUUCAAGAUCAAACACAACUCUUAUGCUCAGACGCCCAUCUAGCAUCGUCCCUGUCCGGCUUCAACCUCAUAGAACCCGACCACGAAAAAGUCGACGCGCUGGUCUAUCUCCGGCCUCUGCGCAGGUGGCGCUCGGCUGGUCAAGAGCUGAGAACCGACGAGGGCCAUAUAGUGAUACGGGCGGGAGAGGACGGGGUUCUUGUUGAGAAGCGCUGGAUGGCUGAGUACUGUAUCCCUUCGCACAGUCAACGCGAGAAUGUGAAGGAUGUGGAGCGUGGGUUAUCGACUGGGACGUCGUCCCAACUCUCCAGGGCACUUGGCUCGCUUACUACUCAUAAUGUGGAUGGACCAUGGCCUUGA